CUUCAACUUGUGACGAAGACAAAGAUUCUAGGAUGAGAGUGCUUCACUUUGGCAAAUAAGCUUGGCUGCACUAAUUUGAAUAAUGUCGCUACCCUGCUUUAAUGAUGUUGCGUUGUGCGUUGAAAUAAGUUUUUGUGGUUACUUCCCCUCUGCUGUGAUCAGUCCUAAUAAAUUGGCCUAGUUCAACAUGCGUGUUUUGGAGUUUUAUUCAGGAAUAGGAGGAAUGCAUGUCGCUUUCCAAAAAUCGACUGUGAAUCACGAAGUAGCUGCUGCUGUCGAAAUAAAUGAUGUUGCAACUUCUGUAUAUAAGCACAACUUUCCGAACACGCUGGUAUUGAAUCGUGUUAUUGAAAGUUUGAGCGCUGACUUUAUACGCAAUUUGAAUGCAAAUGUAUGGAGUCUUUGUCCACCCUGUCAGCCGUUUACGAGGCUGGGAAAACGAAUGUGUGAAGCGGAUAGCAGAACUUCUUCGUUUUUACAUAUCCUUGACUUGAUCGCUAUCUUGAAACCGGAAGGAAUUAUACUGGAAAAUGUAAAGGGAUUUGAACAUUCAGAGCCAUGGCGACAACUGAUAGAAGUCCUGAACACAUCUAAUUAUGAAUAUCAUCAGUUUCUGCUUUCACCUGUACAGUUUGGCAUACCUAAUUGUCGUCUUCGUUUUUAUCUUGUCGCUCGUCUACGAUCAUUAUCAUGGAACACAAAACUUCAAAUGGGUGAUUCCAACUCUAUUGAUUUGAAACCAUCGAUUGAUUUGCCCCGUUUACCCGGUUGUUUAUGUGCUUUUUGUUGUGGCCUUAUCAGGCAUAUAAAAUGUACAGAUGAUAAUUUUGCUGAGUAUAUACAAUUUUGUCGACCAAUAUCAGAGUUUUUAUUGUCACCAAACAACAAUCACAAUAGAAUAUUGCAUUUUUUAGAUGAAAAAUGCCUUCAACGUUAUUUCCGUAUACUUGAUAUUGUCCGACCUUGUGAUAAAAAAACACGUUGUUUUACAAAGGGUUAUGCAAAACGAAUGGAAGGUACAGGAUCUAUAUUACAAACAUCUAUGGAAGAUGAAACAACUGAAAAGAUAACAAAGUAUUAUGAAGCUAAUAAAGAAGAUGAACAUGUUAUGCUUCAGUAUGCUGGACAGUUGAGAUUACGCUUCUUUCAUCAUCGUGAAGUUGCUAAUAUGUUGUGUUUCCCAAAGGAUUUCGAUUUUCCAGAACAUGUAACAGAGAAACAACGCCUUCGCUUGCUGGGUAACAGUGUGAAUGUACUGGUUGUCAGUCAUUUAAUUUACUGGGCCUUCGGGGUGACACAAUGAUUUUUUCGUAUACCUCGGACUGUACAGAAAAAGGUUGUUUUUAUCAAUUUUAUAACUUGAAUAAAGAUUGUAUUUUCGUACAGUGCACAGCUAAGAGUCAGCCUUUCAAAUCAAUUAUUACCAAAUCGUUUUUCACAAAUAAAGUAAUGUAAAUUAGUUUUCCGUCAAUAAACAACAGCAGAUUUUCUUUGGUUAUUUUGAGCAAACAAUCAGCUUUUCGCCAAAGUCCACUGCAAACCGGCUUUUCCACCUUCUCCACGAUUUUUCCCACUUGUGAUGGAGUUAAGGUUCUCUGGUGGUCACCAAUUUUUCCACGACGCAUGAAUCUAGUGCCUUCUUUCGUAGACCACAGUCCCAUAUCUUUCAUCCAUUCGAAAUUCGUUGUGCGGUUUCCAGACAUUUUCUCAAACGAACAGUGUUCCGCCAACUCAGAAAUUUGACUACAUGUCAGUCUUUUUGGACGACGUGAAUUGUCGGGCCCAUCAACCCAGGUUUCGUGUAUAAAUUCUUCUAUGAGUUUCAGUGUUGCAUGCGGAUCACACUUGAACAUUUCGUAAGUAAUAAGAAGUACUUUGGGUCUAACAUCAUUUUUCUGGUCAUCUUUCUUUCUAAAAAGCUGGUUGCAGCUUCGUAGUAACUUCUAACAUGUCUGCACCAAGGACUAUAGGGUAGUUUGUCAUCCAAAAACCUGCGUACAAAUCCUUCCAAGCCUUCUAAGUUUUGAUAUCCAGCUGGAACAAAGCACCUGACAAAGUGGUAAUAUGAAACGACAACAUCACGAGGAUCACGCACAAUGUAAACAAUACGUGUGCAUUCACCAUUUCGAACCUUAGAGAUAAGAGUUGAAGUUAACGGUUCAGUAUUUUUUAUAUGUACAAAAUUAUAAAUUCUAAGAAUAAACAUAAAACUCAUUUAUC